AUGCCAUCAAAAACUUUCAAUCCGGGAGACUUCGUUUGGGCAAAAUUUCCAGGAUUUCCUCCCUGGCCAGCAGAGGUACGUAAUGCUUAUAUAUUUCUUCAUUCAUUGAAAUCGGUUAAGGUACUUCAAUGUGAACUAAAACGAGGAAAACCGAACUACACAGUAAGGUACUUCGGCAGUAAAGAAGAAGGUGUUGUCAAAUUCGAUGAAGUCGAUGAUUAUUAUGAAAAAAGAAAAAGAUUUGGAAAAUCGAAACGAGUGAAAGGAUUCGACCAAGCCGUAGAAGAAAUUGAAGCAAUAAUAGAGGAAAAAGUUCUGAAAAUGACUCAAGAGGGUGUUGAUGAAGUUAGUCCUGUGCAGACUACAUUAGCACCGGCCAAGACAGAUCUCCCACCUACCUCUACGAGCUCCGGCAGCGAUGACCAAAUAAUCGUUGAAGCACCUGAACCAUACGCAAUCACUACAGUAAAAGAUGAAAAAGAGGUCGUUGAAGAAUCAACAUCUCUAUGCUCUGGGUCGAGUCAUUUACACCCUCAUUCCAUUGAAGAUGAUAACCAACAUACUGAAGUUUCAAAGAUUCCACGUUUCGAAAGCCCCAUCGCAAUCGAAAGAGCCAGGAUACGACUAGACGAUACCGAUGACGAGGACUUUUUAAACUUGCUAGAUGAAAACGAUGAAACUGUAUUGACAGAAAGCUCCGGAAUCACAGAAGUUAAAACUGAAAAGACGACUUUGAAAAAAACAGAAGUUGUCGAAUUGAUCGUUGACGAAGAAGAACGUACCAUACCAAUCAAGAAUUCCUCAAAAGAAAUAGUCGUAAUCGAAAAUACCAAAGAAGCUGGUUCAUCGGAUGAUUUUGUUUCUUCUACUAAACGGAAACGGGAAGAAAGUCCGAAAAACUUGUAUACCAACAACAAGUUCGGCUUCAGCUCCAGCACAAAAACGAAGAAGUUUGGGAUAUUCAGCAAAAGCAACAGAACCCAAGAACUACUUAUUCACAAAUCAUUUGUUUCUCCUUUCUCGACUUCUGUUUCUCCCACCAAACAAGGGCUUCGACGUAAAAAGAAGGCCCCUCCUGCCAUCGAACCCCCGGUUUCUGUAGAAAAGCGAAUCCGUUUCGAUUUGUUAACAUCAACGUAUUUAAUGAAAGAAUGGCUUCUGAAUCUUGUGAUCAUAAUGCCAUGGUUGCAAAGUUGCUAUCUAGGAAAUUUUCGAUCCCAAUGGAAGGAUACAUGCGUAAGAUUUCUUGGCCUUGGAGGGAAUCGUCGUAAAUGCGCACUUUUCGAUCCUUAUCAUGAAGGUGCACUUAUUCUGUAUGCUCCGGAGCAAUUAAGUGAGCAUGCUCAGUUGAAAGAAGACAAAGACAGAAAGGUUCAUGUUGUCGCCGACCCAGUUGUUGGAAAAAUUUUGCGUCCUCAUCAGCGAGACGGAGUGAAAUUCAUGUGGGACUGUGUGACUGGUGUGAACAUUCCAGAAUAUCAUGGAUGCAUCAUGGCUGAUGAAAUGGGUCUCGGAAAGACGCUACAGUGUAUUUCUCUUCUCUGGACUCUUCUCCGACAAAGUCCCGACGCGUGUCCAACGGUAUCAAAAAGCAUCAUUGUAUGUCCCAGUAGUUUGGUAAAAAAUUGGGACAAAGAAAUCAAAAAAUGGUUAGGAACAAGAUUGAACGCGAUGCCAGUUGAUAGUGGAAAACGAGAAUUAAUCAUUCAAUGUCUCAAUUCGUUCAUGAGUGACUCCAAAAUGCGAUGCGCGAUUCCAGUUCUUAUUAUUUCGUAUGAAACAUUCCGUCUGUAUGCCAAUAUUCUUCAUUCUGGCGAAGUAGGAAUCGUUAUUUGCGACGAGGUAAGCAGUUAUUUUGUCUUUUCUAUCCAUAAUUUGUUUACAGGGACAUCGUUUGAAAAACAGCGAAAACUUAACCUACCAAGCUUUGAGCGGACUGAAAUUUUAGUCAAUUUUGUCAACCCUGGAUUACUCGGUACGGCCAGUGAGUUCAGGAAGAAGUUCGAGAAUGCAAUCCUAAAAGGCCGCGAUGCAGAUGCGAGUGCAGAAGAUCAAAAGAAAGGAGAAGAAAAGACAAAGGAAAUGGUUUCCUUGGUGGAAAAGUGCAUUAUCAGAAGAACAUCAGCACUCCUUACUAAAUAUCUUCCGGUCAAAUACGAGCAUAUCAUUUGCUGUAAGAACUCUACCCUUCAGGAGACACUUUACAACAAACUGAUCGAAUGUGAAAAACAAAAUAGAAUCACUGAGAAGGAUAAAGGUGCCACAGCUUCAGCGCUAUCCUUCAUCACACACCUCAAAAAGCUCUGCAAUCAUCCUUAUCUUGUAUACGAAGAGCUUCAGAAACCAGAUAAUCGAUUCAGAACCAAGUGUCUAUCUGUGUUCCCUGAAGCAUUCAAUCCAAAAUCAUUCGAUCCAUCCUUCUCUGGAAAAAUGAAAGUGUUGGAUUACAUUUUGGCCGUCACUCGUAAAACGACUGAUGACAAGUUCGUAUUAGUCUCUAAUUAUACGCAGACGAUUGACCAAUUCAUGGCGCUAUGUAAACUCCGCGGCUAUGAUUUUGUACGUCUCGAUGGAUCGAUGUCUAUCAAACAGCGAUCGAAGAUUGUAGACACUUUCAACGACCCAGCAAGUACUAUUUUCUGUUUUUUGCUCUCUUCAAAAGCGGGAGGAUGCGGAUUGAAUCUGAUUGGAGCCAAUCGUCUUGUUAUGUUUGAUCCCGAUUGGAAUCCAGCAAAUGACGAUCAGGCAAUGGCAAGAGUCUGGAGAGAUGGACAAAAGAAGACUUGCUUCAUCUACAGACUUCUCGCAACUGGAUCAAUCGAAGAGAAAAUGUUCCAGAGACAAACACACAAGAAAGCACUGUCAUCAUGUGUUGUUGAUGCCGGAGAGGAUGUGGCCCGUCAUUUCAGUAAUGAGCAACUUCGUGAACUAUUUAAGUUGGAGUCAGCAUCUGCGUCGGACACUCAUUCAAAAUUAAAAUGUAAGCGAUGCAUCCAAGGAUUAGAAAGUGUUGAUCCACCUGUGAAUGCUGAUUGUACAAGCGAUCUCGCCAACUGGUUCCAUUCGGAGAAAAGUGCUAGAAAGGUUGCUGACAACGUUCUUCGAGCUGUCUUUGAAUGUGGCUCUAUUUCAUUCGUCUUUCACCAAAAAUCCCAUAACGUCGAAGCCAAAAAAGUUGAAGAAAAGAUCGAGGAGCUCGACGAAGACUAUGUGCCAUCAGAAGCUGAGGAUGAUGAUUAG